GGGUUGCUUCGAGUCAAGUCGAUUUAAAGCGCUACGAAAUGAAAACGCUAUAGAGGAUGCUGACAGGGAGGUGGUGGCAAACAAUAGGUAAUCAUAUUAAUAGGAAGAAUAAUAUUAUAUGUAAGGGAAAACGUAAGAGAGAAGGUGAGGAGGAACAAGGAAUAGAGAAGUGUAUAAUUUGAACGAUACACUGAAGCAAUACCACUUGAAGCGACAAUGGCUGUCAAGGCGUUUGGAUCUUUUCUACGUUUUAAUAGGUUAUCGAGUGGAAUAUGGAACCAGAAAGGAAAUAUUCUUGCCAAGAAGCUGGAAGCGUUGGUUAAUGUUGAAAGCCAACGACGAGGCGUGCAUCAGUGGUUUCCAGGGCAAGAGGAGUACGAAAGUUUCUUAAGAGAACAAAGUAGCAAAGUGUAUGUACCUGAAGGCUUGUUGCCUGGAAAAAGACCAAUUUGGAACGAGAUGCCCCAGAGCUCAUCGAACGUGCCAUCAACGGACUAUCGAAACGUUGUAAUCAAUUUUGGUCCUCAGCAUCCAGCAGCACACGGAGUAUUACGGUUAAUCCUUGAAAUGGAUUCCGAGUAUAUACUACGUGCAGAUCCUCAUAUAGGUCUUUUACACCGGGGUACAGAGAAAUUGAUCGAAUAUAAAACAUACAUGCAAGCUUUACCUUAUUUCGAUCGUUUAGACUAUGUUUCAAUGAUGUGCAACGAACAGUGCUUCUCCAUGGCUAUCGAGAAAUUAUUGAAUAUCGAAGUACCCUUACGAGCAAAAUAUAUCAGAACUCUGUUCGCAGAGAUCACAAGAAUCCUGAAUCACCUUAUGAAUAUUGGAACACACGCUCUUGAUAUAGGAGCUAUGACACCGUUUUUCUGGCUGUUCGAAGAACGAGAAAAACUGAUGGAAUUUUACGAACGCGUAAGUGGCGCUCGUAUGCACGCGGCUUACAUUCGUCCUGGUGGUGUUGCUUUGGAUAUGCCGUUGGGUUUAAUGGAUGACAUAUACGAAUGGGCCAUGAAGUUCGGAGAACGAUUAGACGAAGUGGAGGAUAUGUUAUCGGAAAACAGAAUAUGGGUCGGACGUACGAAGGACAUUGGAACGGUAACGAUGCAGCAGGCGUUGGAUUGGGGCUUCAGUGGUGUGAUGCUAAGAGGUUCCGGAAUAAAGUGGGAUAUAAGGAAAAAAGCACCGUACGAUGCGUACGAUUUAGUCGAAUUUGACGUUCCAAUUGGUGUAAACGGAGAUUGUCUCGAUCGAUAUCUGUGCCGCAUGGAGGAGAUGCGUCAAUCAUUACGAAUCAUUUAUCAGUGCUUGAAUCAAAUGCCGGAAGGUGAAGUGAAAGUCGACGAUGCAAAGAUCGUACCUCCUAGAAGGGAAGAAAUGAAAACUAGCAUGGAAGCGUUGAUACAUCAUUUUAAGUUGUUCACUCAAGGAUUCCAAGUGCCUCCUGGAGCUACGUAUACUGCGAUCGAAGCGCCAAAGGGAGAAUUUGGCGUUUACCUUGUGAGCGAUGGUAGUAGCAGACCUUACAGAUGCAAAAUCAAAGCACCGGGAUUUGCCCAUUUGGCAGCUAUGCGUCACAUGGGUCCUGGAUGCUUCCUUGCCGAUAUUGUGGCAAUUAUCGGUACCUUGGAUGUGGUAUUCGGUGAAAUCGAUAGAUAAAACUGUUCAUUUUGUUUCUUCGUUAAAUAUAUCUCUUCGGUAGAAAA